AUGUCAGCUCAACACGGUGGAGGUCAAGAGGUGUCCCAAAUUGGAGGUGCAGCCGCUGCUGCGACAGCCCAGUACAACUCUAUCAUCCAAGAUAUGAAACAACUGCUCCAUAUCAAGUUCAAGUGGUCAGGAGAUCAGAACAGGAGGAUUAAGAACUUGGUGACUGAAUUGCUUGUGUGGGGUGUCCUGAUCGAGAUAGAGACUGGCACUCUUGAGUGGUUCGCUGUUAAACAGGCCUCGUCAAUGUCCAUGAUUCAGGCUCAUCUCCUUCGUGUUAGCACGGCAUUGGCAGAUUUCAUGGACUAUGCAAAUAACCCAGCGAGGAGCUGUCAACAAGAGAACCCGGCGUCAGAAUUCGGGCGAUCUGUACGAGAGCUCCAAGUGAGCGUGGAGGACUUUUGCAACAGUUCCGUUGAAAUUCUAUCUGCCAUGAAGCUGCGUAGCGGCCAGCGACCAAUGCCUCCAGUCGUUCAGGGACCAAUAGAUCCAGACGAUCAAAUCGAUCUGAGCCGCUGGCAAAUCCGCACUGAGCCGCUAUGCAGAUCGCUCUUCGCUUCAUCGACCAAAACUUCGAUUCGAGAUCCAGUCGAUCAAAUCAAACUGAGCCGCUGGCAAAUCCGCACCGAGCCGCUAUGCAGAUCGCUCUUCGCUUCAUCGACCAAAACUUCGAUUCGAAAGUGA